GUGACGCGGAGCGCACGUCUCUCUCGAUAACGAGAAUUUUUUUAUUCCAUCUCAAAAGUGUUGUGUUUCAUAGUGAAUGUGACCGCAGUUGCAAAGUGCAAAGGAUUUCAGUUGUUCCAGUGAUUAAUAUAUAGUUUUCUGUGUAUGUUCAUUGUGUCGAUACCGUUGCGUCUCGCUCCAGCGAUUCGGUUAAUAACUUAGAUCUACAGUGACUGUGUAAUAGCUUGACUAAGAUUUAAUACCGUGAAAAGGUCACUUACCUUGAUCGGAUGUAAUUGAAGGGUAUUAUUGGUGACAGUUUCUGGUUUUGCUCAGGUGUACAUAUUAUGAACAGUGAUGAAAGUUUCAUAUAUUGAACUAAAGUGAUAAUUAUAAUGGUACACUGACGAACAUGGAGCGGAAGUUGACUCGAGAGGACUUUAUGAGGAAGAGCUUCCGAGCUCCCCGGGUGUCGCCGGCCCCUGAAGGCCAGGCCACGGUUAAUGGAGCUCCCCCACCCUCUCCUGUGUCUUUAGCCAUGUUGGAAAGGACGCCACAACCACAACGCGCUCAGUACGAAGUAACAACUACGGGAAUUGCUCCCAAGCGUUUGGAACUCAACAGAGCACAUCCCAUACACCUCAAAUCUUUUCAACCAGAAUCCGAUGAAACCGGCCCCACUCCACCGUCAGACGAUGUGCUCAGAAAACUCGAGCGGCAAAUCGGUGAAAUGGAACGCGGGCUGGAAAGAGCACAGAAUGGAAACGUAGAAGUGGACGAAAGAGUACGUUACGCCGAACACGAGAAUCUUCUACGCACUGGAGUGUCUUCCGUCGGUGGCGGAGGAUAUUUACCAGCAGAUUCUGAUACAGAACACGAUGUGGUACAGUUCAAUAGGAAUGAAACGACGCGUAGCAGUACAGGUGCGACUGCACCCGCGCCCAGACCUGGUACGAGAUUAGCUCGAACGAAUUCCGAUACGCAACAGCAUUCAGUGGCUGCUACCGCUCGAUUGAUGCGUAAACUGGCUGAUGGGGGCACGAAAGACGAGAAGACUAAAGUGAUGUCGAGGAAAGCGAUUCAAGCGAGGAUGGAGCAAGUUAAGCGCUCCGUGGUGGGCACUAAACAUGAGCACAGAGUGUUGGCCGAAGCGAGGGCGGAGCCUGCGGCCAGUAAGACGCCCACGUCGCCAGUCUCCACGCGUUCUACCACGCAGAGCGCGUCCGAGACGUCGGCCGGCGCCGGCGGCGGCGCGUCGUCGGGAUGCGGGUCGCGGGUCUCGUCGCGAUCGCGGACCUCCGAAGAGCCGCACAUUGGCAAAUACAAGCUGCUCAAGACGAUAGGCAAAGGCAACUUCGCCAAAGUGAAACUGGCCAAGCACGUGCCGACCGGCAAGGAGGUGGCGAUCAAGAUUAUAGAUAAGACCCAACUCAACCCCGGCUCGUUGCAGAAGUUGUUUAGAGAGGUUCGGAUAAUGAAAAUGCUGGAUCACCCAAAUAUAGUGAAACUCUUCCAAGUGAUAGAAACGGAAAAGACGCUAUAUUUAGUGAUGGAGUACGCUUCCGGCGGUGAGGUAUUCGACUAUCUAGUACUACACGGUCGUAUGAAAGAGAAGGAAGCCCGAGCGAAGUUCAGACAGAUCGUCUCAGCGGUACAGUACUGUCAUCAAAAGCGGAUCAUACACAGGGAUCUUAAGGCGGAAAACCUGCUAUUAGACGGCGAGAUGAACAUAAAGAUAGCGGACUUUGGUUUCUCUAACGAGUUCACGCCGGGCGCCAAACUCGACACGUUCUGCGGCUCGCCACCCUAUGCGGCGCCUGAACUGUUUCAAGGCAAGAAAUACGACGGUCCCGAAGUGGACGUAUGGUCCCUCGGUGUAAUAUUAUACACUCUAGUGUCCGGGUCACUGCCGUUCGACGGGUCCACGCUGCGGGAGCUGCGCGAGCGAGUGCUGCGCGGGAAGUAUAGAAUACCGUUCUACAUGUCGACCGACUGCGAGAACCUGCUGAAGAAGUUCCUCGUGCUGAACCCGGCGAAGCGGGCGUCGCUGGAGAGCAUCAUGCGGGACAAGUGGAUGAACACCGGCUACGAGGACGACGAGCUGCGGCCCUACGUCGAGCCGCAGCAGGACUUCAAGGACCACAAGCGGAUAGCGCAAGUCGAGGCGUUAGUAUGUUUGGGGUACAACAGGCAAGAGAUUGAAUAUUCGCUAGCGGAGGCGAAAUACGACGACGUUUUCGCGACGUAUCUGUUGCUUGGGAGAAAGAGUACUGAUCCGGAGUCGGAUGGCAGCCGCUCGGGCUCGUCGCUGUCGCUGCGCAACGCGGCCGCGCCGCCGCAGCAGCAGCAGGCCGCGGCCAAUGCACACGCCGGGCCGGGCGGCUCGCCGUCGCACCGCGGCGUGCAGCGCAGCAUCUCCGCCAGCGCGCGCCCCGCCGCCUCGCGCCGCGCCUCCUCCGGCGCUGAGGUGCGCAGCGCGCAAGUUGGCACAACCACGAGCGCUGCGAAUAACACAACAUCAACGGCCACCACGACAACGUCAAAUUUCAAAAGACAGAACACAAUUGACUCGGCGUCCAUCAAGGAGAACACAGCGCGUAUAGCGCAGAUGCAGUUGCGUCAGGUGCAGGGCUCGCGGCCGACGUCGGCGGCGCCGAAGUUGGAGGCGCGCGCGCGCACGCUGACCGCGCAGCCGCGCCGCGCCCACUACGACGCGCCCGCCAAGCUCAGCCCGCCGCACGACGCGCCCGGCACGCGUCCGAACAGCGCCCCCCAGCCGGACGGCAAAAGCGCGGCGGGCGCGAACGGUUCGAACGCGGCGGGCGGAACGACCGUUGCCACGACGACUACAACCAAGACGCACGUGAAAAGCGCGUCGAUAUCGUCGAGCGCGGGCGUGCAACCGCUCACUGAAGCUCCACACAACGCGUCCGCGAGAGACUUGGCCACUAGACAGAGCGUAAACUCAUCUCUAACACCCGUAUCGGGCGGCACGGGCGCGGGCGGGGCCGGCUCAGCGACGCGCCGCGACUUCCCCAACCCGCUCGUGUUUCCCCGGAACGUGCCGUCGCGGUCCACCUUCCAUUCGGGGCAGACGCGGUCGCGCGGCGGCAGCGCGGGCGGCGCGUACGGCGACGGCGGCUCGCCGCACCAGGCGCGACCGUCCUUCUUCAGCAAGCUCUCCUCGCGGUUCUCCAAGCGGUUGAAUCAGAACCCGUGAGGCGUUGCCGCGUCGACGAGGCGACGUUGCCGGCGUAGAGAAGGAUGAACAUGUGCAAAAUUGUUAUGCUUAAUUUAUAGUUACGUGUGGUUGUUACUGUUCAGUGUUUCAAUGAAGAGUUUUCUUCUAUUUUUUUUUUAUUAUGCAAUCGCGAAACAUACCUUUUUGAUGAUAAAGGAUACGCGUUUCGUGACCAUGUCUCAGUAUCUGAUUUAAUUUUUUACGCGCUUACUCUUUAGUUUGUUUGUUCAUUUUCGCACUUCAUACAAAAGACGCGGUGAAAUUUCAAGUAUUACUAGAGUAAUUGAAUGUUUUUCGUAAAUUCUAUGCGUUGAAGUAAAUUGAUCUUUAUUACACAUGCGAUAAAGUACACAAUUGAAGUGCGGUAAAGUGAGAGCCAUCAUUUAGUGCGCUGAACAGGAACAUUUUUUUUUUAUAUAAAAUAGAUUUGUUUAUAGAGAGAGGAAAUUGUUAACAAUUUUUUAUAUCUAGAUGUAAGAGGAUGUGUGAACGAAAAACCCAUGAGAGUUCGGAUGGCGGUUUUCAUUAUUUUUUUUUUUUUAAUUGUCGCGACGACAUUUUUGUCUACAUGUUAUAUUAUUAGAACGUAAUUAGUGUAUCGACAUUUUUACGAGAUUUUUUUAUAUAAUAUUUUGUUACAUAUAGUUACAGUUAUAUUGGAAUGUAUUGAAAAAAAGGAAAAAUAACAGUUCAAUUAAUUUUUUUUGAGAUAGUCUUGCAUCACAGAUUUUGUUCUAUGUUCACAUCAAAAAAUAAAUAGAUAAUUAAUUUUUUUUAACGAUUUAAUAAAAUGGUUCUAAUGAUAUAAUAUGUAGCAGAAAUCUAGUCCCGUCGCGUAUCGCAUUUCAUCGUAGCUCUUAAGGAAUUCGAGUUUUAGAAAACGAAUUUUUAACAUUCCAGGGUUAUAUUUAGUUCACAAUACAAGCACAAAUCAUAUUUGUAUGAUUAUUAUUAGAGAAUAAUUACAAUUUUUUUCGUUCGUCAAAAUGUAUUCGAGACAGUGUGUGUUUGAUGUUUAUUAUAUUAUGAAUAAUUGAAAUCGUUUUUUAGGCAUUAUUUUACUGAUGUAAUUAAUUUUUUUUUUACUCCUAUAUAACUAAUGACUGCGAUUCGAGUUCAACAGAAUGAUUUGGCUGUCAGUUAUGUCAUUUUGACGUUUUAAAUGUCAAAAAAUAGAAUCAAGGCUUUUUCUUUUUGGUUGAAUUUGGAACUUUGGAGUGGAACUCGAUU